AUGACCUCCUUCGUUACCAAGGGUCUUACUGCCCUGGCACUCGGUGCUGCUGUCGCCGAGGCCCAGCUUUGGGAUGAGGUUAUCGAUACUCACCUGGGACCUGUUAAGGGCUUCAAGUACUUCAACCAAUCGACUCUGGAGACUUACUUCAACCGCUCUGAAUCCAAUGUCACCGCGUACCUGGGUAUUCCUUUCGCAGCAGACACUGCCUACCAGAACCGUUGGAAGCCCCCUCAGCCUCGCGAGUCCUGGACUGAAACUUUCGACGCUUCGACAUGGGGCUACGCCUGUCCUAGCGGCUCCAACUCUAACAUCAGCGAGGACUGUCUCAACUUGAACAUCUGGACCAAUGCUGGUACUGCAGAUGCUAAGCUCCCUGUCAUGCUCUGGAACCAGGGCUCUGACGAGACUAGUGAUAACACCUGGUGGUACGGUGGUGGUAUGGCUUUGAAGGAUGUCAUUCUGGUCUCUUUCAACCGUCGUGAUGAUGCUUUUGGCUACCUCGCUCAUCCUGAGCUCAAUGCUGAGGGUCUCGCAGCUACCGGUCACAACACUUCUGGAAACUACGGUGUCCUUGAUCAGCUGGAGGUCUUGAAGUGGAUCCAGAAGAACAUUGCCAACUUCGGUGGUGACCCUGACCGCGUUGUUGUCGCUGGUCAGUCUUUCGGCUCUUCCCAGACCUACCACGCCGUGAACAGCCCUCUCUUCUCCGGAUACUUCCAUGGUGCUAUCUCUGAGUCCGGAAUCCGCUGGCCCAACGAUCCUAUGCUUGCUGGUCUUGCCACUUCUUACAACAACAUGUCGGCUGCGAUCUUCCACGGUGUCAACUACACCACCUUCCACAACGCCUCUUCUAUCUCCGAGCUCCGUGAGAAGUCAAUGGAGGACCUUUUGAUUGGCUCUCAGGACCGCGUCAACGGUACUUGGAUCUGGUGGGUGACUGCUAUUUCCGCCAUGUACCCUCUGAUCUUCAAGCCUGUGCUGGACGACUACGUUCUGCCCGAGAAAUACAUCAUGUCGCUGGAGAAUGGACCCGCCAACGAUGUUCCCGUCAUCACCGGUAACACCAAGGAUGAGUCCGGUGCCUCGCCGACUAACGACUACACUUUGGAGGAGUACAAGUACUACUGCACCCUAAAGUACGGCGAUCUUGCCGACCGCUACUUCAGCCUUUACAGCAGCCAGAACAACCGCACCCUCGCCAACGAAGCCUGGAACGCCGCCGCCCGUGAUAUGUCCGUUGUCGGUUCGUGGGCUUACGGUACUGCCUGGUACAAGGCUGCUUCCGCUGAUUUCUACACCUACUACUGGACCCACGCUCCUCCCGGCCAGGACCAGGGUGCUUUCCACCAGUCAGAGAUCAUGUACGCCCUGAACGCUCUCUACGCUAACACCGAGACCUACCCCUUCACUGCUAUCGACUACGAGAUCCAGGAGAAGAUGUCCUCUUACUGGGCUAACUUCGCCAAGACCCUUAACCCCAACAAGGGUGGCUCGUACCACGGCAGUGGCAAGCUGCCUCAAUGGACUCCCAACGAUGCUAACGGCACUCAUGUUGUGAUGGAGCUGGGUGAUGCCUUUGAGAAUGUGCCCAUUGCUCGCUCUGAUGAGUAUGUCGACUUCAUCAUGGACUACUACGGCGAGCAGAUUUCCUACUAG